AUGUUUUUAAGAGGCGCAUCUGCAAUGGCGUUAGCUCCUGGUCCGUCAACACCAAGACGGAGGCAUCGAAACACCAGUGUGGCCUCUGUGCAUUUACGACGCGUUUUUGCCAAGAGCGCUGCUGAUUCUCUACUACCCUCUUCUUCAAACCAAAAAGCGGGGGUUGAUGGUCGUGAACGUUGUCGAGCCCAUUUAAAGGAGCCUCAAUUACUUUGCUUUCAGCCUCAAUACCAAGAGCAACUUGAGUCAAAACUUACGAUUGCGUCUUUACAGGAAAAUUUGUCGGCUCUUGUAAGCUUUAAUAAGAGAGAGAAAGCUUUGUCGGCCUCACUGAAAGACGAAGUGGCUCGACUUACUGAGGAACUCGCCAAAUUAAAAGAGACUCACGAGGCUAACAAAAAGGAAGAGAUGAUCUCGAAUGCGAUUUUGGAGAUAAAAUCUGAGUGCGAUAGCGACAAACACUUUUUGCCUGAUAUCAGUUCAGGCGUGUUGGCGGCUGGCUCACAAUCAACACUUCAGCAAAUGGAGUCGAAUCAGAGUAAGAUGUUAUCGCUCGAAGGCCGAUGCCAACAUAUGACGGAGAAUAACAAGAAGCUUCUUGCAACGAUCGAGCAAUUGAAGAAGACUCAGACCGAAACAAACCUUCAAUUAGAUGAAUUAAGACAACGUAAUGUGCAUCUUUUAAUUGAUGCAGAGAGCAUGAACAGCACAAUUUCGUCUCAGGCAGAAAUUAUUUGUGAUCUACGAUCUACAGUCGAAAAGCUGAGUCACGAUAUGAAGCAUGUUGGAAAUCUGCACAACACAUUGGUGCGAUGUCAACGCGAGCUCGAUGCUGUAAAAGAGCGUGAAAAGCAGCUUCAAGAGAAGCAUGAACAACUGCAGAUGUCGGCAAGGGAAGAGUACGAGGUACUGAUGAGCAAAUUUCUAGUGACUCAGCAGCGUCUUUCGAAAAUCGAUUCAACAACUGAUCAAGACUCCGUCUCAGAGAUCGAGAUAAAGAGUCUACAGCAGGAGAAAAAGGUGUUACAAAUCGAUCUUGAAGCCAUGACGUCCCGAUGCAAUGAUUCGCAAGCACAAGUCGAUAAAUUGAAGAAAGCAUCAAAAGUCCUUAUACAGAUGAAGAAACUGAUGAAGACAGAGAAAAAUGACGUUGAAGCGCUUCUAGCUCUUACUCGACAGAAGUUCGAGAUCUCGCUUGAACGACAAAGAAAAACAGAAAAGCUCAAUGCAUCCCAAAAAGAAUUCUACAACUUGUUUGAAGCAAGGAAUGAAGAAGUGACGACUUUAAUACAGAAAGUGAUGCAGUUAGAAGACUGCAUUGAGGAGCGAGAGCUGCGUCAAAGAGAAAUCGUAGACGAUUUUCACAGAGUAAAUGCUGAGUUACAGGGUCUAAAGCAGCUAUCUCAAGACGACACAGUUCAAGCUUUGCAGAUGGCACGACAAAAGGCUGGAUCAUAUGAAGCUUUGACACUGCUCAAUGAGGAAAAGAAGGGUUUGGAAGAUCAAGUUCGACUCCUACAAGAGAGACUUGAAGCUGAACGAGUGAUAUGUCAUGAAGAAAAGGAGGCGAAGACCCAGUUACGAGAAAUGCUCGACACCCGCGAUUCAGUAAUCGAAGAAUUAAAAAAGGAGAAUGCUGCAUUGCUCGAGCAAAUGAGGUAUUCUCCUAAGAUUGAGAAUCCUUCACAGAAAUAG